AUGGCGGACAAGAAACGUUUGGCAUUUUCCAUCAUCCAGUAUUUACAAGAUCAGUUGCAAAAUGGAGAACUUUCCUCUGAUGCUCAAGAAAGUCUUGAAGUUGCAAUCCAGUGUCUAGAAACAGCAUUUGAAGUUUCAAUAGAGGAUCGUAGCUUGGCCGUAUGUCAGACACUCCCAGAGAUUUUUGCAGCAGCUACAGUAAAGGAAAGUCCAAAUGUAACUUCAAAUCCACAGUCACCAUCAGAAGAGGAUGUAACAGAAGCUGAAAGGCUAAAAACAGAAGGUAAUGAACAAAUGAAGUUGGAAAACUUUGAAAGUGCUGUCGCCUUCUACACCAAAGCUAUUGAGCAUAACCCAGCUAAUGCAGUCUAUUACUGCAAUAGGGCAGCAGCUUACAGUAAAAUAGGAAACUAUGCUGGGGCUGUGCGGGACUGUGAAGAGGCUAUAACAAUUGACCCCGGUUACAGCAAAGCCUAUGGCAGAAUGGGGUUGGCACUCUCAAGUUUGAACAAGCACGCUGAAGCUGUGAGCUUUUACAAAAGAGCACUGGAGCUGGAUCCCGAUAACGAUACAUAUAAAUCAAACCUUAAGAUUGCUGAACAGAAAAUGAAGGAGCUACCAAGUCCAAUGGCUGCUCCUGGUGGUUUUGAUCUAGCUGGGCUGCUCAACAAUCCCGGCUUUAUGAGUAUGGCAUCAAACCUUAUGAAUAACCCACAAGUACAACAGUUAAUGUCUGGAAUGAUUUCUGGCUCUGGUAAUCCUAUGGCAGGUGCUGCUGCUGCUGCUGCAACUGGAACCCCUCCACCCACAGAUCUGGCAAGUCUUAUACAAGCAGGACAACAGUUUGCUCAACAAAUGCAACAACAAAACCCAGAAUUGAUAGAACAGUUACGCAGUCAGAUAAGAAGCAGAACUCCAAGUACAAGCAAUGAGGACCAGCAUCAAUGA